AUGAUAUCCAACAAGCGCACGUUCUGCUUCCCUUCGACGCUGGUGGAUGCUGGAUCGCUCGAGACCUGCGUCGAUACCCGCUUUGACAUCUCGUGCGAGAAAGACCACAAGAAAGAGCAACUCGCGCACCUGUCGCCGGCUCAGAUCGUGCUGCUGAACUCAUUCUGGCUUGGCUACCACUCGUUCUUCUUCCUGCUUGGCGCCGUCAUCUCUCCGUACCAGAUCCGCAACAUCAUGGGCGAAGACCACAAGGGCGAGGGCCUUUCUCUGGUCUGCUUCCUCUCUGCUGCCGUCACGCUGCCGGCAUCGCUUCUCGUUGGGGCCCUGAACGAUCGCUACGUCUCAAAGUACGGCAAACGCAAGCCCUGGAUUGUGGUCGGCAGCCUCUGCAUGUCCAGCUCGCUGCUGCUGCUGUCAGACAAAUCCAGCCUCACUACCUAUAUCGGCGGGUACCUGCUCGUGACCGUGGGUGGGGUUCUUGCCUCGGUCCCAAUGAACGGACUGAUCUCGGAUCUGUCGGCCCCGGAUCAAAAGGGAUCGGUCUCGGCAGUCAUGGGCACCUUCAAUAUGGUCGGCUAUCUUGCCGCGGCCGUCGUUGGCAUCUUUUCCGACACCCUGGGCACACGUGGGAUGUACAUCAUCAUGAGCUCGGCCCUGAUGCUGUCGGCAGGCCUUACCUGCCAGCUCAACGAGCCCAGGAACAACUACAAAGCCAUCCAUCGCGAGCGACUUGUCUGGAGCACACUGCUCGCCGAUGUCCUCAGCCCACUCCAGAGCUUCAACUUUCGCAUGGUCUUCAUCUCGAGAUUCUUCUUCCAGCUCGGCGUUGCGACGGUACAGCAGUUCCUCCAGUACUGGAUCAGCGACUGCGUGUCUUCAAACAUGUCUCCGACCAAGGCCGUGUCCGUCGCCGUGAUUCCCCUGCUGGUGAUCUCGCCCGUUGGCGCCUACUUUAUCUCGGCCUCGAAGAGGAAGACGGUUGUGUACAUCUCGACCGCACUCAUGUCCCUGACGUGCCUGCUGAUGAUCGUCACCACAUCCUUCACCGGUGCCCUGGUGGUCUCGGGCGUCUUUGGGCUUGGCUACGGCCCGUUCCUCAGCGUCGAGUUUGCACUGCUGAUGGAUGUGCUGCCUUCGGGCCGGGAUGCCGCCCGCGACAUCAGCCUCUGGACGGUCGCCAUGGUGCUGCCCCAGAUCGUCGCCACGCCGAUUGCAGGCUGGGUCCGCGACGAGUUCCAAGGUCUGGGCAGCUCGUGGAACCUGCAGUGCCUCGGAUACAAGUGCAUCUUUGCGAUCUGCGUGGUAUACUUUGCGCUCGGAGCCGAAUUCACCCGUCGGAUCGAAGGCAUCCACUGA